ACUUCUCCUUCUCAGUUAAACCUGCUUCUUUACUUCUAGUUCACCUGAUUCACCAUGUGAGAUGUGAGAUUUGGAGGGCAAUAGGGAGAUUUGGCGACCGCGCUGAUGUUUACUUCUCGGUAGAAGCAGCCGUUGUUGUGAUGGGAACCGACACAAAUACUCUACAUUUAUUGAUUGGCUCUGAUUUCCACGGCCGAUGUAUGUUCGAGUUUCCGGUUUUGGGAUCAUCUGAUUAGUUAAUAGGUAAAAAUGUGGCGAGAUCCCAAAGAUUUGGUGAUCUUCGGAUACAUUAAGAACGUGGGCAUCGUUCUCCUAGGUAUUUCUUUUCGGAUCAUCCUCCAUAUCCAUCUCACGAUCUUGGAAAUGGUGGACUUUGGAAGUAAUGUAUACUUUCUGCUCGUGGAAAGGGAAUAGAGAACGUGUCUCUUCUAUAUACUGGAAACCCGCAGAACUAUUUGCUAACCAUUCGUUUGUCGUGUUCUUACAAUCACUGAUUGGCUGUUGUUAUGAAAAAUGGUUUCUUGAUCUUCUAUGUUGUUUUUUGUUGGAACUUUGACGUCGGGAAUUUCAUUCGAUUAGACUGAAACAAUAAUAAACUGCAACGUUUCCAAUAUUUGAGGGAGUAUCCAGCUGCAAUUAUCUAUCGGUUUCUUAGUUGCAAAUUGACAUUUUAGUGUCUUAGGCAGGAUUAUCUUUAAUGAUCUUACUGACACCACGAGUAAAAGUAAAUGAAGCUUAUUCAACUAGUAGUAUGCAUGGAUUUACAUACAUGGUUGAACUUUGAAUCGUUGAAUAUCUUGCAGUAUUGUCGCGUUUCCCAUGAUCUGUGAGGUAUUGUUCAUUGAGGCAUGUUCCACAGAUUAUCAUGCUUGAUGAUGCAUGGGAUCUGGAAUGCAAUACGUUUUGGCUGGAAAAGAGAGAUGUUGGAGUAAAAGCGGAGAAAGAUAUGCAAUGAUGUGUCGGAUUGUGCUAGAUGUUCUCUUGCCCCAAUCUUUUCAGCGACUCUGCAACCAAAAAAUGACUGAUGUUCACGGGAGGACAUUUGGAGUAUGGACUCUUUUAACAUGCACCCUCUGCUUUCUUUGUGCAUUUAAUCUCGAUAACAAGCCGCUUUAUCUGGUUACGUUCCUCUCGUUCAUCUACGCGUUCGGUCAUUUCUUGACUGAGUUCCUCAUAUACAAGACAAUGGCUAUCACGAAUAUGACUACUGUGGGUAUAUUUGCUGGAACAUCCAUAAUAUGGAUGCUGUUGCAGUGGAAUUCCCAUCAAAAGAAUCAUCAGAAACACAAUUGACUUCAACCAAAGGAAGGAAGAGAAGGCACUUGACUCGCUGCUUACGUAACCCUCAUGCGUCAUUUCAAAGUGUUUGGUUGCCGCAUGAAUCGGGCCUGUGACUUUCGUUACUGGAUAUUGGUAUGGUAGAUCAGGCUUCUGUGUACCUUAGACUAGUCCUUAUCUUUUUCUUGUUUGUGAAACUAUGCUCUACAAUUGAUCUAAUUGCGCCAUUUUUCUCCCCUGAUGCGUCUUCAAGCGAUCUUGAGAUCCAUUUGGACA